GUCUUGGAGCGGUGCUAGUACAACCUGGAACUAAGCGGCUAACGGCAGCAUGAAUACAGGGUAACAUAUACUAUGCAUUCUAGAGAGGAGGACAAGCUUGGAGUACUGCUUUUUGACCCAUUCCCACUUUGACGGAGUAUUUUUUCUCCUUCUUCUUCCUCAUCUGUGAAAUAGAUGGACAUUAGCUCAUUCGCAUCAAUUUGACAUACCUCCAUACAUUCACUCGCCCGCGCGCACACACCACAUAAUUGCAUAUUCAGACGGUCUCCGAUUUGGAGGUUCAAAAACAUCAAGGAUAUUGUCCUAAUAAACGUUGAGUCAUGGAUUCAUUUUUUAUUCCACCACGAAUUUGCUGGUGGAGGGUAUUGUUUCUUUUGACCAUCUUUCAGGACUACUUGAGCAAUAUGCUGGACUGCCCGCCAACCUGCAGCUGUUCUCCAACUGAGAUAUAUUGCAAUAAGUCUGACAAUGGGAAAUUCUUUCCCCUGCUUGCACUGCAAGAUACUGGGAACAAUGGAAAUAACAGUAUCGAAGAAGUGUUCAAGAACAUCACCUCAAUACACAUUGAGAACUGGACUGGCCUGCAGACGCUGAAAGAUGUGGACAUGGAGCUGUACACUGGACUUCAGAGACUAACAAUCAUGAACGGCAACCUGCGAGGUAUCCAGGCCAGAGCCUUCUCCCAGAACACCCACCUGCGCUACAUAAACUUAUCGAAGAACCCUCUGACCACAUUAUCAUGGCAACUCUUCCAGAAUCUGCAACUCUUCGAGCUGAGGCUGGAAGAAGUGGUGUUUGAGUGUGGCUGUGAUAUCCGCUGGAUUCAGCUGUGGCAGCAGCGAGGGGAGGCUGGCCUGAACACCCAGCAACUCUUCUGCAACAAUGGAGCCUCCAAGAUCCCUCUGCAGGCUAUGAAUAUCUCUCUCUGUGACCUGCCGGACAUCAGUGUGACGCACUUUAACCUCACGGUUGUUGAGGGGGACAGAGUCACCAUCACCUGUAAUGGAUCUGGAUCCCCCCUACCUGAGGUGGACUGGACCGUCAUUGACCUCCACUCCAUCAACACUCACCAGUCCACUGUGUACUGGCCCAAUGUCCACUCCAUCAAUCUGACCCUGUUCAACGUGAGUCGUGAUGACAACUUCUACAUGCUGACCUGUAUAGCAGAGAACAAAGUGGGGAUGGCCAACGCCUCCAUCCAGCUCACUGUCCAUUUCCCACCCACCAUCCUGAAGCUGGACGAGCCCGAGCGUCGCCAUGAAACCUGCAUAGAGUUCACGGUGCGUGGCAACCCCCUGCCCACCCUGCGCUGGUUCCACCGGGACAACGAGAUCUCCCCCAGUGACUACAUCCGCACUGAGAUGGAUACCUACCAGGACUACCUAGAGGGAUGCCUCAACUUCAAGGACCCCACGCACCACAACAACGGCAACUACACUCUGGAGGCUAGCAACUUCCUAGGAGUCACCACCAAGACAGUGUAUGGACACUUCCUCAACGCCCCGUUUCCAGACGAUUAUGGUGAUUAUGGGACUCCUACGCCGACCAUCACAGUAACACACAGGCCUGAGGAGGACACGUUCGGGGUGUCUAUUGCUGUCGGCCUGGCUGGAUUUGCCUGUGUCCUUCUUGUUGUCCUGUUUGUUCUCAUCAACAAAUAUGGACGGCGGUCAAAGUUUGGAAUGAAAGGACCAGUAGCAGUGAUCAGUGGUGAGGAAGACUCGGCUAGCCCUCUUCACCAUGUCAACCAUGGCAUCAUCACCCCCUGCACCCUUGACGCUGGGCCAGAUGCUGUGGUCAUCGGGAUGACCCGUAUCCCUGUCAUUGAGAACCCGCAAUACUUCAGACACGGACACAACUGUAAUAAGCCUGCUACCUACGUGCAACACAUAAAGCGUCGGGACAUCAUUCUGAAGCGGGAGCUGGGAGAGGGGGCCUUUGGGAAGGUGUUCCUGGCAGAGUGCUAUAACCUCAGCCCUACCAAGGACAAGAUGCUUGUGGCUGUCAAGACCCUGAAGGACUCCACCCUUGUAUUUUCUCAGACGCUGAAGGACCCCACCCUUGCAGCGAGAAAAGAUUUCCAGAGGGAGGCGGAACUAUUGACGAACCUGCAGCACGAGCACAUUGUCAAGUUCUACGGUGUGUGUGUGGAUGGAGACCCCCUCAUAAUGGUCUUUGAGUACAUGAAGCACGGAGACCUCAAUAAGUUCCUCAGAGCUCAUGGGCCUGAUGCAUUGAUCCUGGUUGACGGACAGUCGCUGCAGACCAAUGGGGAGCUGGGCCUGUCUCAGAUGCUGCACAUUGCCACUCAGAUUGCCGCAGGGAUGAUGUACCUGGCCUCCCAGCACUUUGUGCACCGUGACUUAGCCACUCGGAACUGCCUGGUGGGCAACGGCCUGCUGGUUAAGAUUGGUGACUUUGGAAUGUCCAGGGACAUCUACAGCACGGAUUACUACCGGGUGGGAGGCCACACCAUGCUGCCCAUCCGCUGGAUGCCCCCUGAGAGCAUAAUGUAUAGGAAGUUCACCACAGAGAGCGACGUGUGGAGCUUCGGAGUCAUCCUCUGGGAGAUCUUCACCUACGGGAAGCAGCCAUGGUUUCAACUGGCCAACAACGAGGUCAUCGAGUGUAUUACGCAAGGACGGGUUCUGGAGAGGCCACGAGCUUGUCCCAAGGAGGUGUAUGACAUCAUGUUGGGUUGCUGGCAGAGGGAGCCCCAGCAGAGGCUGAACAUCAAGGACAUCCAGAAAAUCCUUUAUGCCUUGGGAAAAGCCACACCUGUCUACCUGGACAUCCUGGGCUAGUGUAUGUUGAGUUUUGUCGAUCUGUCUGUUUUGUUGUCUGUCUCUACCCAACAGAUGAAUAAAAACCCAGGAAUAACUCAA